UGUUGUGUUGUUUUUAGCUGCUGAGCUGAAAUGGAGAACCUGUGACGACUCAGUCACUUUCUACUUUCAUGUAUCUUUCGUCGGGUUGUUGUGUUGGAAACGUUACAAGGCGCGUGAGUAGUCUGCUGUCUGAGCUGUACUCUCAUCCCCAGUAAAAUAUUUUUAAAAAAAAGGUAAAUUGAUGAAGUGGUUGCAUCACUUGCAAGCAGCGUCACAUCCUCACAUCACUAAAGGCUCAGUUUGCUCAGUUAAAAGUCAACUGCCUCUGCUGUCGUGUUCAGGUGAAUAGUCACGGUGGUGUGGUGGAUGAUGGUUACACCAUGGCAUCCAACUGGGUGAAAGGACUAAUCUUUACUUUCAGGGUUGAUCUAAUUUCGUAGGGCAUUUUAUUUGUGUGGUUUUGGGGACUUGCAGGAGACAACCAAGUUGAUACUGCAGAAAUAUCUUGACUUUCGGUAAUAUGUGUCAGGCUGCAGACAUCCUGGACGCUGUAUGUCUUCUAAUGCACAGGUCUCGUUGAAGGCCAUCACCACCUUCAACCUGCCACUGCAGCCACAUUGUACCAUUUGAUUUCAGGGCUGAGUAGUUCUUUCUGACUAUUUCUACAACAUUUGACAAGUAAAAUAAUGGAUUUCCCUCUUUAGUAAAGGUAAAAUACUACACUAUUAAAAACAAUACUCCAUCAGAGGUAAAAAAAAAAAAAGAUCUGUAUUGCAAAUUUGAAUAUUUACUCAUUGUGGAAUGUCCUCAUGUUCCCUAAGAGAGUGCUUCUUCUCAGGCUUGGUGUCAUUUCAAAAACAUUGCGCCAGUUGCAUGGGUGAUAGCACGAAAGACAAAUGAAGUGACCAACGAGAUACAAUGUCCUCGUUCCAGGUGGUGGACUCGUCGCCGGGCAGCAGCAUGAGCAUCAUGGAAACGUCCAACUUUGCCCACGUCAUCUUCCAGAACGUGGGGAAGAGUUUCCUGCCCCAGGCGCCCCUGGAGUGUUGCUACACCCUGACCCCGUACAUCACUCCCAACCCAAAAGACUGGGUGGGCAUUUUCAAGGUUGGUUGGAGCACAGCCAGAGAUUACUACACCUUCCUCUGGUCUCCUACGUCUGAACUCUACGAACCAGGAAGUACUGUGGACAGGACUGUGGUGUUUCAAGGUUAUUAUGUUCCCAAAUCUGACGGAGAGUUCUACCAGUUCUGCUACGUCUCACAUGUUGGUGACAUCCGAGGAGCCAGUACGCCCUUUCAGUUCCGGUCAGCCACACCCACCGAUGAGCUUCUGACUGUCACCGAGGACGACAGCAACUCGGACAUCCUGGUCGUCUCCACCAAGUCUGGCCUUCUAGAGCAUGUGGAGGAGGUGCAGCAGGAGCGCAGAGAGCUGCUGAAGGCCAUGCGCCUCCUUCACGAGGAGAAACAGCAGCUGCAGGACGAGCAGAGACGGCUGGCCAGGGAAAGGGAGCAGGAGAGGGAGACGUGCAGCUUGCUGCGGACACACAACCAGGAGCUGCUGCGCUCGUCGCAGGGCCUGUCAGAAGAGAGGGAGGAUGUGAGGAGGAGGCUGUCAGAGGCCACGGAGCGGGUCCGCCAGCUGGGGGAGGACCUGCUCGGAGCCACCCAGAGAGGCCUGCAAAAGGAGACGGAGCUCGAUUGUCUGCGUGACCGAAUGAAGAAGCUGACAGCCGAGAGAGACAGUCUGGAGAUCCAGCUGAAGAACGAGAAGGAUGAGAGAGACCUUUACAAGGCCCACCUGCGCAGCACUGAGCUGGAGAACACUAAGCUGAGUGCAGAGCUGCAGAUGUUGAAGGCGGUGGAGCUGAACCGGGAGGUGACCAUCGCUCAGUUCCAGGAGGAGCUGGACAGACUCAGGCUCUGCGUCGCCCAGCGGGACAGACUGGAGAAAGAGCUGCGGACACACAAGACUGACAAGGCAGAUCUGGCCCGUGUGCGUGAGCAGCUGCGUCAGGCAGAGGAGCAGCUCCAGGCGUCCCGGCAGCAGGCCUCCAUGUUGGCCUCGGAGCUCCGCGACUCGGCUAGCGCCCGGGACCACACGAUGACCGAGCUGUACCACGCCCGCUUGGAAGCUGACAAGCUGCGCGUCAGUCUCGCUGAUGCUCAGGCCGAGUGCCAACGCAUGGAGAGCCAGCUAGACCGCAUGAGGAGCACUGCACAGAAUGAAGUGGGUGUUGGGACCAGUGAGGAGAUGACACCCAGCAUGAUGGUGGUGUCAGAGGCAGAGGCCGAACUGCAGAGAGAGGUGGAGGAGCUGAAGCUGCGUCUUCACAUGGCUGCUGAGCACUACAAGGAGAAGUACCGGGAGUGUCAGCGCCUCCGGAGGCAGGUGGCCAAACUGAAUGCAAUGGAGUCACAGGGAGAGCCAAAGAGAAAUGUAUCCACUGAGACAACACAGGAGCCAAUGACCCCGAGUCCAGAGUCACCGACGGCAGGUAACAUAGCUGCUGCAGUCCUACAAGAAGCCGCUGAGAUGACAAUAACACCAGAACUUAGGAACAGGGAACACACGCAUGCUGAUGCAUACAUCAGCAUUGACAGGCACGAAAGGCAGAGAGAGAAAAUGCCAAAGGAGAGGGAUGAGGUGGAGGCUGAGGUAGAAACCAACCAAGGGGAGGAAAUGGAGAAAGAAAAAGAGGAGAAGAGGGACAGUCUGCCAGAGGAGAGCCUGAGGAUGACGAGCUGGGUGGAGGUGGAGAACGAGAGGCAGAGAGCCGAAGAGAACAGCGAGGCGGAAAUGGCGGUGAAUGCCGAGGAAGUGAGGGAUGUUGCGGCGCACCGUGUGCCGCUGGAGGGGGAGGGGAGGCGGAUGGGGGAGGCGGAGAAGGCACAGACACGCUCGGUGGAGAUGGAGCUGGCGAUGAUGGAGGAGAAGUGGAGGCAGCAGUGUGCGAUCAACGAGACCCUCAAACAACGGCUGGCCAACGAGGAGGAGCGAUUCAGAGUGCACAUGGCAGAUCGAGCCAGCGAGGUGACAGAACUGAAGCGGAACCUUGCCCAGGCGCUCCGAGACAAGGAGCAGCUCCAAGAGGAGCUGCAGCGCGUCGCGUCCCGGCAGAGGGAGCAGGGAGCGGAGAUCCGGCAGCCCAUGGUGCUGCGCUACCCCCUGCCGUACCCUCAGGACCCCUCCCCCCCGCCGCUGGUCCCACACAGGCCUGCGGAGUUGCAGUACGGCAACCCGUACUCCACCGACCACGCGCGAGACCGGACGGACGUCUCUCUUUCUCCUGAGCACAUGCCCCGUCCUCCACCCGAGGCCCCACCCUGCGCCCCUCCCUGUGCACCACCAAUCACACCCCCGAGUCCGGGCCCCGGGGCACCGGGCUGGGACCGAGAGGUGGUCUGCAUCCAGCCCUGCCGCACCACCGGCCCCCCCGAGAGUCAGGAGCAUCCGCUGGAGGAGCCACGAAAUGCUGCUGAUGGGGCUCAGCCGUCCUGUGAUCAUCAGUCCAGUAGACGUAGAGAAGCCAGGGGCAGCUUCUGCUUUGACUCCAGUGUGCACAAGCGCUGCCCGCUGUGCGAGGUGAUCUUCCCGCCCCACUUUGAGCAGCGCAGCUUCGAGCAGCACGUGGAGAGCCACUGGAAGGUCUGCCCCGUCUGCUCCGAGCAGUUCCCCCUCAACUGCCGGCAGCAGCUCUUCGAGAGGCACGUCCUCACGCACUUUGACGGCCACGUGCUCAACUUCGAGCAGAUUGAAUGACGGGCGUGUGAAGGGGCGAAGCUCUGGUUCUGACUUAUCGUAUGGGUAAAUGUGUGUCGUCGGAUGUUUAGUUCAUUUUGAUUGGGUCAAGGUGUCUUGUUAAUAUACAAUCAUUAGCACUUUUUUGCAAUCUUUAACAAAGGUUAGAAAGAAUGUAGUCCAGGAAGCCGAGCGCGUCUGCUCCACCGAGGUGGUUUAUGAAGUCGGGUAGCGGUCACCUGAAUACACCGAUGGUAAAAGGAUCAUUAACACGCCCUUUACUUUUGUAUCCUUUUUAUGCUCAUCGUUCUGCUUUAGAGGGACUAGUGCAUGCAUUCAUUAUGUGUUCCAAACUACAAAAUGACAGCUGUUCAAGCUAAGAGUGAAUUGUAGCUGGAACCAGGAAUUUGAAGAGAAAGCAUUUUAGUACGUCAAUGUCCGGGGUAUUCUUUACAAUGAGUACGAUUCUCAUCAAGCAGCCAAGACAUCUUCAUCUUUUAAUUGUCCAAAGCUUCUUUUUUUGUUUGUUGCAUAAAUGCAAUUAGAUCUGAAUAUGUGAUGUCAUCUGAGUGUUAUUUAAUAAAGGAGUGGUGUGGCGGAAUUAUUUAUUUUUUGGACUCUAAUGGGAAGUGAUCUUUGAUUUCUCCCAAAACUACAGUACUACUGUACGUGUAAGACGUCAGACGGUUUCAACAAAAACAGCACUACGUUUUCAUGUAUCUGCACUAAAAAAGGCUUUAUUCUGAAUGUACUGUACAUAUGAAAAUAAGUAUAAGUUGUGGAGAGACCUGUGAAUUACUGUCGUGACUCUGCCUCCCCUCAUUGUUAAUUAUUUUGUUUUGUGAUGAAAGAAUGUUUUACUUUGGUCAGUUGGUAAAAAAAAAAAAAAACUCGGCUGGUCUGCUUCAUUGGAGAUGCUGUCACGUGUGAGCAAAGGGACUGCAGCACACACAAUUAGACACUUUUACUGUUAUGUAAUUCCAUGUUUUAAUGUUACAACUGUGAAGAAAAAUCCAUUGCUUUGUGUGCAGGUCCACAUCAUGAGUGAGUCAUUUAUGUGUGUCUCAUCACCGCUUGUCGAUUUACAAAGUGAACCCUGACAGUGUUGUCUUCAGGCUUUAAAAAUUGCACAUGCCCAGUAAUCGUGUGUGUGUCAUGUGUCCAGCCCUUUUCAUGUGAGGACGUCAGGACGGUGGUUUAAGUGUGUACUGCAAAGAUCUUUAUGAAUAAAGUAAGCUCGUCUUAAUGCAUUUAA